AUGACGCUGGGUCUGAUCAACGCCAAUCCGGUGGUCCACGCCAAGAAGGAAAGAGUCGUCCGUACCGACGACCCUCACACCGACGACGCCGUCGAUCCCCUCGAAAUCUAUGACUACGUGAAGGACAUAAGAGAUCCGGAGCACCCCUAUUCCCUGGAACAGCUCAGCGUGCUUUCUGAGGAGUCCAUUACCGUUGACGAGAAGCUCGGCCGCAUUCUGAUAACUUUUACUCCAACCAUCCAGCACUGUAGCAUGGCGACGGUGAUCGGCUUGUGCUUGAGAGAGAAGUUGAAGGAUUGCUUUCCCCCACAUUACAAGGUAGACAUAAAAGUGGCUCCCGGAUCGCAUGCAAACGAGGAAUCAGUUAACAAGCAGUUAAACGACAAAGAGAGAGUCGCCGCAGCAUUAGAGAAUCCAAACCUUCGCCAACUAGUUGACGAGUGCCUUUAUUCUAGCGAGCUUUGAACGGGUUGCAACUUUCAUCUACCGAAUAAUCUGUAUAGUACAUGUUUUGGUUCUUCUUCUGUGCUGUCUCUCUUGUAUUUAUGAACUCGAAACUAUUGUAUGCUCUCCUAUCAUCAUUUGUUUCAGUAGAGAAUCCAUUUUCGGUGUCUUCA